ACAGAAUGUUCCCCCGGUUUCUCUCUCUCUCUCUCUUGGGAGACAACCUGCAAGUCUAAUCUCUGACUUCAGCUUUGGCCUUUUCCUUUCUCCUUUUAUCAUCUUCUCUCCCUGUUAUUUGUCUUCUUGGUCUGCAGGGGGUAAUUUCUUGACUUUCUGCACUCACUUUGAGCUUUUCUCUUUUACCAUGAAUUUUUUACCUUAGUUUCUGCACUAGGCCUCAUCACACCCCCUCUCUCUCUCUCUCUCUCUCUCUCUCUCUCUCUCUCUCUCUCUCUCUCUCUAUAUAUAUAUAUAUAUAUAUAUAUAUAUAUAUAUCAAUCUUGUUGCUAAGCUCCAAACCAUUCACCACUUUGUUCUUCCCAUCCAAUAUCUUUCACCAUGGCAGACCCCUACUCCAAUUUCUUUACAGGAUGGUUCAACUUCAUGCCUCUGUUGAAUUCUUAUCCUCCUCAUCACUCCUUCUCAAACAACAUCAGUAACAACAAAUCUUUCAUUGAAUGCCAACCUUCUUCACCUCCUCUCAAAGAAGCUCUUCCUCUAAUAAAUAACUUGAGCCCAACAAGACAAGAAGAACAUGAUCAGAACUCCUCAAGUAGUGCAGUGGAAGAGGAAGAGGAUAAAACCUGCUGGAACAAAGAUAAUGGUGAUGAAACUGUUACUGUAGCCCUACACAUAGGCCUCCCUAGCCCUAGUACAGAUCUGCAGGGCUGUAGGAUGAUCUCUCCUCCGGCAGAUGAUCUACUGACAAAUAAGGAAGGAAUUAGUGUGGUUUCAGGGUACCCUUUGGAAAGAUUCAACAAGGGUCAGUAUUGGAUUCCAAGCCCUUCUCAGAUUCUAAUAGGUCCUACUCAAUUCUCAUGUCCCGUUUGCUCCAAAAGCUUUAACAGAUACAAUAAUCUCCAGAUGCAUAUGUGGGGUCAUGGAUCUCAGUACAGAAAAGGACCACACUCUCUAAAGGGAACUCAACCAACAGCCAUGCUAAAACUCCCAUGCUAUUGCUGUGCACAAGGAUGCAAGCACAACAUAGAGCACCCAAGAGCAAGGCCUCUCAAAGAUUUUAGAACCCUCCAAACACAUUACAAGAGAAAGCAUGGGACAAAGCCCUUCAUGUGUAGGAAAUGUGGGAAGCCAUUUGCAGUUAAAGGUGAUUGGAGAACCCAUGAGAAGAACUGUGGGAAGAUUUGGUAUUGCAUUUGUGGGUCUGAUUUCAAGCACAAGAGGUCUUUGAAAGACCACAUUAAGGCUUUUGGCAUCGGCCAUGGAGCUUUUGGUAUUGAUUGCUUUCGGGAAGAGGAUGAACCUGCAUCCGACAUUGAAGUUGAUGAAAAUCCUCAAAUUUCAUGAGAUGAAUGAAAAUUGAGUUCUCUCUAGGUGAAUUCUCUCAUCACUUGAUCUGAUAAUGACCUUCACUUUGUUAUGUCUAGCUCAAUAUAUAUGAUAAAUUAAAGUUGCUUUAUGCCUUGUUUCAUUUCUAGCCACCUUCUGCUCCCAAUAUUGUUUCCUUAAUUAAGAGUGUAAAUUCACCCAUUUAAUUUUCAAAGGAAUAGGAAAAAAGUGCAACUUUUGUGUCAGCAACGACUGCCAGAAAAUAUACUACAAGUAAUGGUAUACGUCACACAUUUAUCCUA